AUGAGUGUGGACUCAGGUAGUCAAUUUCGGCCACUUAUCGAGUUGGAUCAAGGAUGGGAAUAUAUAUCGAGUAUGUUUGCAAAAUUAAAGAGGAUUUUAGAAGGAUUACCGGAGCCUCAGUUCAGUUCCGUUGAAUAUAUGACCCUUUACACAACUGUCUACAAUAUGUGUACCCAAAAGCCGCCUCACAAUUACUCUCAACAGCUUUACGAUAAGUAUAGGGCGGCGUUGGAGGACUAUGUAACCACAACGGUGCUGCCAUCUGUAAAUGAGAAACACGGCGAGCUUAUGCUGCAAGAGCUUGUGAAAAGAUGGACGAAUUAUAAAAUUAUGAUUAGGUGGCUGUCAAAUUGUUUUAAUUUUCUUGAUCGGUUUUUCAUCCCUAGGAGAUCGCUUCCUAGCCUGAAUGAUGUUGGAAUUACCUGUUUCCGCGAUUCGGUUUAUCGAAAAGUACAAGUCAAUGCUAGAGUUACUGUAAUUGGUCUUAUUGAUAGUGAACGCGUGGGAGAGCAGAUUGACAGAGCACUAGUGAAGAAUGUGAUAGAUUUAUUUGUUGGAAUUGGAAUGGGACGAAUGGAUGCAUAUGAAGAGGACUUUGAGGCGCACAUGCUAAGACAUGCUGGCGAAUACUAUUCUCGUAAAGCAGCAAGUUGGCUUUUGGAGGAUUUCUGUCCUGAUUUCUUAGUGAAGGCCGAAGAGUGCUUGAGAAGGGAGAGGGAUAGAGUUUCUCAUUACUUGCAUUCAAGCAGUGAAUUGAAGUUGGUGGAGAAAGUGCAGCAUGAGUUGUUUGAACCGCUUGCUGAAAUAUUAAAACAGAAAGUUAGUUUUGAAGUAAAAUCGUUGGUCCAACAGGCUGAAUAUACUGCAAGUAACGAGACUUCAGAUAGAUCUUCUGGCAUGCUGGAACAGGUCCUUGUCACAAACAUAAUCGAGCUUCAUGAUAAGCAUAUGGCGUACUUUAAUGACUGCUCAAUCAAAAACCAUGUCUUCCACAAAGCUCUGAGAGAGGCCUUUGAUGUAUUUUGCAAUAAAGCUGUUUCUGGGUAUUCAAGUGCUCAAUUACUCGCAACAUUCUGUGAAAAUAUCCUCAAAAAGGGUGGGAGUCAGAAGUUGAGUGAUGAGGCCAUUGAAGUAAUGCUUGACAAGGUUGUUAAGUUUCUUACUUAUAUCAGUGACAAAGACCUUUUUGCAGAAUUCUACAGGAAAAAGCUUGCCCGUCGGCUACUUUUUGAUCCAAGUGCUGACAAGGAACAUGAAAAAAGUAUUCUUACAAAGAUGAAACAGCAAUGUGGUGGCCAGUUCACCUCAAAAAUGGAGGGAAUGGUCACAGAUCUGACAUUGGCUCGGGAAAAUCAGACUAGCUUUGAGGAGUACCUUUGCAAUAGCCCAAAUGUAGAUCCUGGGAUUGAUUUUACAAUCACCGUUCUUACAACUGGUUUCUGGCCGAGUUAUAAAACAUGUGAUCUUAGCCUUCCUGCAGAGAUGGUGAAAUGUGUUGAAGUUUUCAAGGGAUUCUAUGAAAGAAAGACGAAAUGCAGAAAAAUUACAUGGAUCUACUCUUUGGGAACUUGCAACAUUAUUGGAAAGUUCGAGCUAAAAGAAAUUGAAUUGGUUGUAUCGACUUAUCAGGGUGCUCUCCUACUGCUUUUCAAUAGCAUGGAUAGGUUGAGCUAUUCAGAAAUUCUAAGUAAGUUAAACCUUACCCAUGAGGCGGCUAUCAGGGUUCUUCAUUCGCUUUCCUGUGCCAAGUACAAGAUCCUUAUUAAGGAGCCUGAUACAAAAACUAUAUCACCAAAUGACAGCUUUGAGUUCAACUAUAAGUUCACCGACAGAAUGAGAAGAAUUAAGAUUCCUCUCCCACCAGUGGAGGAAAGGAAGGAGGUGAUCCAAGAUGUUGAGAAAGAAAGACGAUAUGCUAUUGAUGCAGCAAUUGUGCGGAUUAUGAAGAGCCGGAAAGUUUUGGAACAUCAACAGUUAGUUACGGAGUGUGUUGAGCAGUUGAGACAUAAGUUCAAGCCUGACAUCAGAGCGAUUAAGAAGCAGAUUGAAGGUCUCAUCAUCCGUGACUACCUGGAGAGGGACAAGGAAGAUCGUAACUUGUUUAAGUAUCUUGCGUGA